AUUUAUUUGUUUUUUUAGUAUUAUUGAAGUUGGGUUUAAUUUUAAAUAUUUGAAAACUAUACUGCUCUAUCGUCCAAUCCAAGUCCCAAUAUCGUGAUUCCCUCUCACAGUCGUCAGGUCACAGAUCUCUCAUUUUUUCAAGCUUUGAUUUUGAUUUCAAGAUGGUGGGUGACCGGUGAGCCACUCCCAUCCCAUCCCAUCAUUACUCUCCAAACCGAUCGCAUUUUUUCUCUCUCUUUUCAUCAUAGUCUUGAGUUUCAGUUCCAAAUCCUAGAUUCCUCCUUCUACUUGUGGCUGCUGGCCUAUCUUGUUCAGCGAAAAUCAGGGUCCAAAAUGUCUACACAUGGGUCCAAAACAUCGAGACCUUCAAGGACGCAGAACCCAUCACCCCAUGGAACAAUGCCUUCAAGAUCUUCAUCAUCUUCCCUUUCCUCACAUCUCGCCAUGAUUGAGCUCAAGCAGAGGAUCCUUGCUUCUCUUUCUAAGCUCUCAGAUAGAGAUACCUACCAGAUCGCUGUCGAAGACCUCGAGAAGAUUAUUCAGGACGUCUCUCCCGAUGGUGUAUCCAUGCUUCUCAAUUGUUUAUGCGAUGCAACCAUUGACCCUAAACCCGCCGUGAAGAAGGAAUCACUUCGCCUUCUUGCCGUGCUUUCAUCUGCCCAUUGCGACUCCACCGCCGCCUAUUUGACAAAAAUCAUCGCGCACAUUGUGAAGAGACUCAAGGAUUCUGAUUCUGGAGUCAGAGAUUCUUGCAGGGAUGCUAUUGGGUCACUAUCAGCGCAGUAUCUGAAAAAUGACCGCAGUGAUAAUGGCGGUCUUGGGUCGAUUGUUUCUUUAUUUGUGAAGCCACUGUUCGAAGCAAUGAGCGAGCAGAACAAAGGGGUCCAGGCUGGGUCUGCAAUUUGCUUGGCUAAGAUGAUUGAUUGUGCUUCAGAUCCCCCAAUUGCUUCGUUUCAGAAGCUUUGUCCAAGGAUCUCCAAAUACCUCAACAAUCCCAACUUCUUAGCCAAAGCAGCAUUGUUGUCUGUCGUUUCAAGUUUGUCUCAGGUUGGUGCUAUUCCAUCUCAAAGCUUAGAAUCUCUGCUGCAAAGCAUCCAUGAUUACCUUGGAAGCACGGACUGGGCAACUCGUAAAGCUGCUGCUGAAACAUUGAUUUGUUUAGCAUCACACUCCCGAGAAUUAGUAUUGGACGGGGCAGCAUCAACUUUGGCAGUGCUGGAGACUUGCCGCUUUGACAAAAUAAAACCUGUCAGAGAUAGUGUAAUUGAAGCACUACAGCUGUGGAAAAAGAUGGUUGAAAAAAAUGGAGAUGUGGCUUCAGAUGACCAGAAAACUUCCUCUCAUGAUGGUGAAAAAUGUGAACGAGCUGAUCAGUCAGGACUGAAUGGUUUGAAACUGAGAGUGACUGAGUCAUCAGCUAUGGAUUCAUCCAAUGGAUCAUCUCCUACAGAUUCCAGUUCGAAAGGGAAGGGUGCCAACAUUUUUGACAAAGCAGUUGGGAUAUUGAAAAAGAUGACACCCGCUUUACCUGACAGAGAAUUGAACCCGGAAUUCUUCCAGAAACUCGAAACAAAAGGUUCAGAUGAUUUUCCAUUAGAGGUGGUUGUUCCUCGGGGGCAUCAGAACUCGCCUAGCACCCAGACUCGGGAAGAACCAGAGUUAAAAAUGGAGGCAAUGAUAGCUGGCAUACUGGAUGAAGAGAUUUCCAAUUCUAAAUACCAAAGCCAAGAUAGAGGAAUGGCAUUUGGACAGACUAGGCAACAAGAUUCUGAUGCCUUUUCGCGUGAAGAAAGAGGCAACGGAAAAGAUUCGCGAACAAAUUGGUUGGCCAUUCAGAGACAACUACUACAGCUGGAGAGACAACAAUCACAUCUCAUGAAUAUGUUGCAGGAUUUCAUGGGCGGGUCUCAUAAUAGCAUGUUGACUUUGGAAAGCAGAGUGCGUGGCCUGGAAAGAGUUGUGGAAGACAUGGCAAGGGAUUUGUCAUUAUCUUCUGUUCGAAGAAGUACCAACUUUAUGACAGGCUAUGAAGGAUCUUCUGGUAGGCCAUCUAGCAAUUACAAUGGUUUUCCCGAGUACCCUGGCAGUAAGAUUGGUCGGGCUGGUGAUGGUUGGCCUUGGGGUGGUGGUGAAAGGUUUGGACAGUCUUCAACCAUUAGAGGAAGGGUGGGGACUUCUUGGCGAUCCGAUACUGAUGCUCGGGAUUAUCACACCCAUGAAAAGAAUGGACAUAUUAUUGGUUCCAGAAGAGGAAGAGGUCCUGUUGAUCCUGUAAGUAGCAGAAGGGCAUGGGAUAAAGGUACUGGACCAGUUAGGCUGGGUGAAGGACCUUCUGCAAGGAGUGUUUGGCAAGCUUCCAAGGAUGAAGCAACCUUGGAAGCAAUUCGUGGUGGUCCUAGAGUGGCAAUCCCGGAAUUGUGUGCAGAAGCUAUGGGAGAUGAUGACAAUGGUGGUGGUGUGCCUGAGCGAGACCCAGUAUGGACUUGUUGGAGUAAUGCAAUGGAUGCACUUCAUUCGGACGAUACAGAUACAGCUUAUAGUGAAGUCUUGUCUACUGGCGACGAUUUAUUGCUUGUGAAGCUAAUGGACAAGACGGGUGCUGUAAUUGAUCAACUCUCUAACGAGGUUGCAAACGAUGUUUUGAAUGCUGUUGCUCAGUUUCUUCAGGAGCAGAACUUAUAUGAUAUUUGCCUUUACUGGAUUCAACAGUUAACAGAUCUGCUGGAUGAAAAUGGACCGGGCUUGUUUGGCAUUCCAGAUGAAAUGAAAAGAGAGCUUUUGUUGAAUCUGCAGGAAGCUGCGUCGACAUUUGAUGUACCUGAGGAUUGGGAAGGGACUGCGCCUGAGCAACUGUUAAUGCAAUUAGCGUCAACCUGGGGUAUUAGUAAGCAACAACUUAAGUAAUUUGAAAGAGCUCAGCUAAAUUUGGUGAGGGGAUAUGGGAUUUUGUGUGUGCAUUGCCUUUUGUUCAUUUCUUUUUAUUAGCCUGUUUGGUUGGCUAAAUAUGUAGUUUUGUUUUGAUGACAUCCACUUACAAGAAUUAUAGGUUUAGCUCCACUAUAUGUUCUUAUUAAAUAUAUAUUUUUUCAUUCAUUUUUUAUUGCCAUAAUAUUGUCUGUCA